AUGUCCUUCUUGCGCGAGGCAGAGAAAUGUCUACUUAAUCAGAAGACAUUUGCUAGCCUGAAUGCUUUCAUCACUCCAUUAGAGCGCUCCGCGACAUGGAGAGAGCGAGCUCAAGCUGCGGACCACCGCCGUGGGAAAGAUGUAGCUAUAUCGCCGUUGGAUGGUAAACUCGUAGGCGUGAAAGAUAACAUCUGCACCAGCGAGCUACCAACCACCUGCGGAUCUGCGACUCUACAAGAUUUUACGAGCCCUUUCAACGCGACCGUUGUUGAUUUAUUAGAGAAUGCAGGCGCUAUUGUGGCCGGGAAGACGAACUUGGAUGAGUUUGGCAUGGGCUCUCACUCCAUACAUUCCCACUUCGGUCCCGUGAAAAAUAACAAGGGAGGAGGAGAGGAGUUUCAUUCGGCUGGUGGAAGCUCCGGAGGCAGUGCAGUUGCAGUUGCUACCGGCCAAUGCCAUGCGGCAUUGGGAACCGAUACAGGCGGCUCAGUGCGUCUUCCGGCGGCAUAUACGGGUGUCUUUGGGUUUAAACCUUCGUAUGGCUUGAUAUCAAGAUGGGGAGUUGUGGCGUACGCGAACUCCCUCGAUACUGUUGGAAUUUUUGCGAAAGACACAUCCACUAUCCAUGACAUAUUUGAUGUGGUAAACCGUUAUGAUAGCCGUGAUCCAACCAGCAUUUCACCAACGAGUCGGUCACGCAUCCUGGCUGCUGUCAGGGAGGCAUCAGCACAACCCACUCGAUUGCGAAUUGGAGUCCCUCUUGAGUACAAUAUACACGAACUGAGUUCUGAGAUCCGAUCUGCAUGGCAGAUAGCACUCCAAUACCUCGAGUCCAAAGGACAUAGCAUUCAUCCUAUCACGCUUCCGGCCACCAAACAAGCUUUAUCUGCAUACUAUGUCUUGGCCCCAGCGGAGGCCUCGUCGAACCUAGCAAAGUACGACGGUGUUCGUUACGGCACCAGGGACAUUGAAUCUGCGGACAAUGCAGGGGACUAUCUUUACUCAAACACGCGUGGACAAGGGUUCGGAGCUGAAGUCCGGCGACGGAUACUGCUGGGAACGUUCUCUCUCAGCGCAGAUAAAAUUGACAAUUACUUCAUUCAAGCGCAGAAGAUCCGGAGAUUGGUUCAGGCCGACUUUAACUCCGUAUUUCGACUUCCGCACCCGCUUCUACACGUAGCAUCAACGACCCCGGGAUCACGAGACCUUGCCGAUAACGAGGACGCUGGGGGAAAUGCAAAGAUUGAUGUGAUCAUCUGCCCUACAGCCCCUUCAACUGCACCCGCUAUAAAAGCAUUGAAAAAAUCCUCACCUAUUGAUGCGUACACAAACGAUGUUUUCACAGUACCAUGCAGCCUUGCAGGCCUUCCUGCAUUGAGUGUUCCGAUACUCUUCGAUGGAGAAGAAUCUAAGAGUCAAAGUGUUCCACGCCAUGCAGGGGUACAAGUCAUUGGCCAGUUUGGAGACGAUAGUAUGGUCCUAGAGGUGGGGAAGAUGCUGGAAGAGAUAGGCAAGACGUGA